AAGACCCACAGACGGUCUAAUAAUGUGCAGUCUGCUGACACUGGAUGACUGGAAACAGCAGAGAUGAAGGAGCUAUGGGUUAUGGUUGUCUUUGCUACAGUCUCUUUUCCACAGGGGGAUCUCACCACAUCCUCUGCCAUUCCAACCACCAUUGACAUAACUAUCCCAACUACUGAUGACCCUUUAACGCCUGACUCUCCAGCUAGUGCCCCUCCAACUAAUGACAUUCCAACUACUGAUAAUCUAACUUCUGAUAGUCCAACUACCGACAUGCCAACUACUGAUAAUCUAACUACCGACACUCCAACUACUGAAUACCCUGCAGCUACUACUGGUCAUCCAACUACUAGUUACCUAACUACUACUGAUCCUCCAGCUAUUGGUUACAUAAACACUACUGGUCUUGCAACUACUGGUUACCCUACCUCUAUCCCUAUCACCAGUAUUAGUCUCCCCACCACCUCUCCUACCAUCUCUAACACCACGUAUAACACCAACACCACCACCUCUCCUACCAUAUCUAACACCACCUCUCCUACCAUCUCUAACACCACGUCCAACACCAACACCACCACCACCACCUCUACCAACACUACCACCACCUCUACCACCACCUCUAGCACCAUCUCUAACACCACCACCACCUCUACCAACACUACCACCACCUCUACCAACACCUCUCCUACCAUCUCAAACACCACCACCACUUCUCCUAUCAUAUCUAACACCAUGUCUAACACCAACACCACCACCAUCUCUCCUACCAUCUCUAACACCAUGUCUAACACCACCACCUCCACCUCUACCACCACCACCACCACCUCUACCACCACCACCACAAUCUCCACCUCUACCACCACCACCACCUCUCCUAUCACCUCUACCACCACCACCACCACCUCUCCUAUCAUCUCUAACACCAUGUCUAACACCAACACCACCACCACCUCUCCUACCAUCUCUAACACCACGUCUAACACCAACACCACCACCACCUCUACCAACACUACCACCAUCUCUCCUACCAUCUCUAACACCACCACCACCUCUCCUAUCAUCUCUAACACCACAUCUAACACCAACUCCACCACCACCUCUCCCACCAUGUCUAACACCACCACCUCUAGCACCACGUCUAACACCACCACCUCCACCCCUACCACCACCACCACCUCUCCUACCACCUCUACCACCACCACCAUCUCCACCUCUACCACCACAAUCCUUCCUCUGGUCUGUAUCAACGGUGGUGAGCUGCAGAGUGGAGUCUGUAUCUGUCCUGAUGAGUGGAACGGAGAGACCUGUUCAGAGGGGAAUUUCUGCAAUUCCACCAUCAUUGGUGAUUUUUCCUUCCCAAGAACAACGGUUGACUGGUCUGCUUAUUCAGAAGAAUUGUGUGAUGAGAAUACAACCAGUGCCGGUUUACCAAAAGCCUCAGCAAGAUGUUUGAAUGACACUGGAUCUCCAAUGUUUGGUCCUCCUCAUGUUCUGCAGUGUGAAUUAACCCUCAGUGACAUUCUAGGAAAUAUCUCCAGCAGUUCAGGUGAUUUACUAGAGUUAGCCUUCAGUACUCAGAUCCUGACCUCCCACCCAGAGCGGCUGUCAGCUGACAACAUCACCACAGCAGCUCAGAUAGCUAACACACUGCUUCAGUCUGCAAAUAUCACAGAGGACAUCGCAGUGGCAGCUGUAACCACCAUCAGUCAGCUGCUGAAUGCCAGUGAGGAGAGUACACAGGAGAGAGACGCUGUCCAAAACCUCACAGAGACCCUAGAGAUGUUUUCCCUGGACCAGCACAAUAAUGUGUCCUUGGUGGUUCAGCCCAACCUGGUAGUCCAGUCGGUCCAAGUACCAAGUGACACAGUAGGGAUCCAGUUUACUGCUCUGACUGGAAGAUCUGGUAAUUUUGUGGCCAACAGAAUUCGUCUCAACACAAAUACUUCUGAACUGAUAGCUGAUGAAGGAGGUGCGACCGAUGUCCAGAUUGUCAUAGAAUUCACACCAGUUUUACGUAGUAAAAACACAAACUACUCCAUUGGUUUUGUGCUCUACCAAAACGACCGGUUCUUCAGGUCCAGGGCUUUCAGAGCUUCUCCAGGAACCAGCAGAAGGGUCAUCUCUGCUAACCUGGGACAAGUGUCUGGGUUACAUGUUGAGAUGCUCUUCAAGCCCACAGCUGUUCCCAACACCUCCCUCUAUGACUUUGCCUGCGUGUCAUGGAACUACACGUUGAAAGACUGGAGCACCUUUGGCUGCUACAAAGUCAACCACUCAGCAGACGGCCUGCGAUGUUUCUGUAAUCACACCACUAACUUUGCUGUGCUGAUGUCAUUCAGGAUGGAUUUUAAAUACGCUGAAGUGCUAAACUGGAUCACCAUAUUGGGAUGUUCCAUGUCCAUCGUAGGGUUGAGUUUAACAAUAACAUUCCAGUUGGUGACCAGGAAAUCACGCAAAACCAACCCAACAGUCCUCUUAGUGAGCGUCUGCAUGUGUCUCCUGAUCUUCACCCUCCUCUUCAUGUUGGGAGUGGACAACCCUCAUAAACAGCUGGACAAACCUGAAAUACAGGAGGACAACAUUCUCCCCCCGUCCGACACACACACAGAGCAGGACAGAGGGCCUUGUACUGCAGUGGCAGUCCUGCUGCAGUACUUCCUGUUGGGGACGUUCACCUGGAACACGCUGUACGCCACACAUGUCUUCCUGAUGAUCAGAAACAGCCUGGCCACCAGCCCGUCACACUUCACAGCCUAUACCGUGGCCAUCGGUUGGGGACUGCCUGCGGUUGUGGUGGCCCUCACCUUAGGAAUUAGUUACAGAGUGGAUGAUCCACUGGGAUACAGGCAGGAGGAAUUUUGCUGGCUCGCUGCCCUCAAUCCAAAGGGGAACUUUGACUUCAAGCUGCCAAUGUUUUGGGGGUUCCUGAUACCUGUGGCGUUCAUGCUUAUCUUCAACACGGUGGUGUUGGUAUGUUUUACAGUUACAACAUGCAAGACCAACCCACAUUUAACCAGUACAAGACACACAUCGAUGAAGAAGAAGUUCCUCAGUAGCUUUUCUCUGGCUGUGGUGCUCGGUCUCUCCUGGAUCCUGGGCUAUCUGUUGCUCAUUACACAGAACCAGACCAUGUACACCAUACUCAACAUCUCCUUCUGUGUUCUCACCACCACUCAGGGUUUGCAGAUUUUCAUUCUGUUCACCGCAAGAACAUCAAUUGUCAAGAAAAUGAUGGCAGAUGCUUUGAAAUCUGUCUCUAGUGUUGAGAUCCCACGUCACACCAAGAGGUUCAGUCUAUGGCGAGGCAAGCACACUGAUAACGUAGAAUCAUACACACAGCUGGACCCUAUUGUGUCAACACAUUAACCCUUUAUUAACUGCCACAUAAUUUUUUUCUUCUGAAAUAUAUGUGUAUUUAACCUUAAUAUAGGCCAUAAAUAAUUAGUAUUGGAUUGCUAACAUCUCAACCAGCCUGUUCAGUUGCCUAAUUAUGUUAAACUCAUUUUGUAUUGGAUUUUACAUAUGCUUUUUAAAUCAUCUGAAAAAUGGUACAUUAAUUAACUUCAGUUACUUAUAAUGGAAGACACGCCAAGAUAAAUGAUGACUGAUAUCAAAUAUGAAUACAAUAUGAUAUAUUUGUGUGUCAAUAUAUGACUAUUCAAAUAUAUAUACAUUAAUGUUUACUGUUUAUAUGUUCAUAAUACCUGUAAAAUUACAUGUCCUGAAAACAUUUGUGAAACAAAUUGAAGAUAACAGGCAGACUUUAAAUACUGAUAUGAAUAUGAAAAUAUAUUUAUAUUUGCACAGACAAAAAAAUCCCACAACAAUAUUUUUCCAUUGUCCAUAAUAGCUAGCUUUGUCUAAAUAGCAUUCCUUUAAUGUGCAACUCAACCGCCAGGUAGAGCAUAUUUUUCAAGAGUUCCUCAAAUUAAUAAAUAACAUAUUAGUAAUUUUGUGAUACCAAAAAUGAUGUUUUAGAGGUCAACAACAUUGUACAGACAUGUAAUAUCCCAUUUUAUACACAAUUAGUACUGACAAUGUCAGAUUAAUCAGGUUCAGUUUUGCUCAAGUUCACGUCCGGGUUUUUAACCAUCUUUGAAUGUUUGUGUAAAAAUAUAUAGGAGUCCAAUAAUGAAAACCACAUGGUCAUUUUACUAAAUGGCAUGAUAAAAUAUGUUGAAUAAAAGUUAUGUUUAUUUGAAUUUACA